ACACAUCUCGGGCAGCGGCGUCAGGUGAUACCACUGCGCCCUUGGCUGUGAUACAUCUGGGACCUUGGUCAACUACCAUUGCCCCAAUUCGUCUCUGCAGUAUUUAUUAAGCGUGAACUAGAUAAGUGGGAGUAUCUGUGAAUCCAGCGAGGGAAGAAAGCAAGUAGGUUCAACCCCAGGCAGGCAGGUAUCAUAGCGCCCCACUGGUUAUCCCAAGACGCUGACCAAACCGGUACACAAUGUGGGAAACUGUAGCAGGUGUGUCGGUGUUUGUUGUUGUUGCCACCUCAGUCAUAAUGGUGGCAUUUGGAAUAGUGUACCGGCGGCGCUGUGGUCGGGCCGCCACCACUAAUGACCUAAAGGGCCAGACAGUUGUUAUCACUGGAGCAUCUGCAGGUAUAGGGAAGGAAGCAGUAAGGGACUUUGCCCACCGAGGAGCUAGAGUCAUCAUGGGAUGCAGGAACUUGCAGAAGGCUUCAAAAGUUGCAAAUGAGAUUGAAGCCAGCACAGGGAACAAAUCUGUGGUUGUGAGAGAGCUGGACACUUCAUCACUCACUUCUGUCAGAAGAUUUGCUUCUAGAAUUCUUGCUGAGGAACACAGGUUAGAUGUGCUAGUGUUGAAUGCUGGCAUUGGAGGCACAGCAGAGCGAGUGCUCACUUUAGAAAAUCUUGAACUCACAAUGGCAACAAAUCACUUUGGACACUUCCUACUUGCCAACCUUCUAUUGGGUCUAUUGAAGAAAAGUCAGCCCAGCAGAGUGAUAGUGGUGGCAUCUAUGAUACACUCACAGCUCAAGACACUGGAUAUUGAGAACUUGAACUUUACAAAAAGUGGAACUUUUUGGUCAACACGAGCAUACAGUCAGUCCAAAGCCUGCAACAUUCUUUUUGCUCGUCAUUUGGCAAUGCUGGUGAAGGACUGUGGGAUUGCCGUUAACAGCAUGUGUCCAGGAAUGGUGGCCACGGAAAUUUUCAAGAAGUCAAGUGGUUUUAUAGAAGGAUACCUCUAUAGGUUCAUGGUUCCAAUUUUGGGCAAGACACCAGAACAGGGUGCACAAACCAUCAUCCACCUUGCAGUCUCUGAGGAGGCUGCCACCAUCACCAAUGCAUUCUUUGAGGACUGUCAGGUGUCUGAUAAUGCAACCAACUUGGUGCUUGAUGACGGUCUGGCCAAGAAGUUGUGGGAGGCCAGUGAGGCGUACGUCCAUCUGCAGCCUGAGGAGGUCCACUACUGAUGCUUCAUGUCACCAAGCACCAACAGAAGAGGGAAGAUUAAGCAUCAAGUCACUAAGGAACCAUCUUGCAUUGUAACAUAAUUACAUUACUGCCCAUAUUGAAUAGUACCAUUUGUAUGCAUAACAUAUAUAACUAUUUGUUUAAUCUCAGUUACAUACAUCAUUGUAAAAUACAAAAAUUGUUAACUAGAUAGUCUCUGCACCAUUAGCUGAAUUGUUUGUGAUAAAAGUACCUGUGGAGGGAUUGCUUCCUUUGAAGAAAAACCCUUUUCGAAUGUUUGUGGUGCACCAGGACAGCAAGUAUUGAGACAGAAGUAGAGUAGUGUUCAUCAGCGAUGCUGGAGUGCUGGUAGUUGCUUUUGUUCAGCCAGACACUUAGCAUCAUUCAUUAGUAGUAAGUUGUGUUAUACCAUGUGGGCUUCCAGACUGUCUCUCUCUCUCUCUCUCUCUCUCUCUCUCUCUCUCUCUCUCUCUCUCUCUCUCUCUCUCUCUCUCUCUCUCUCUCUCUCUCUCUCUCUCUCUC